GGAAGACGAAUCAAAGAAUGAGGAUGGCAGGGCUGGUGAGGAUAAAGAAGAGAACGUCGUGGUGACGGGGGCUUGGUGGUGAUGGCAGGGGGUUUAACCGCCCUUACUAUUGUUCUGCUUACUAUUGUUCUCAACACUAAGCAUUCUCCGCCGACCACAACCAUCCAAUUGGGUAUUGCAUCGAGGGGAAACAAGCACAGGAGCGCGAUACGUCGCUGCUCAUUCGUUCUGAUCCGAUUGAGUGUUUCCAGAUUAGGAUUCUUCCAUAGGCUUCGAGAUUGAAGCGCACGUGGUGACCAAGUACCCCAUCGGGUAAGACAAGGGAACAAUUAGCUUGUGGCAUCCGCUUCUACGGAGGUGACUUCGUUCUAG